AUGCAAUUCAAGUCUACUUUGACCUUGGCUGCCUUGAUGGGUGCAACUGCCCUUUCCGCAUCUAUCCCAUCUUCAUGUAGUAUCGGUACCAGUGCUACCGCUACCGCUCAAGCUGAUUUGGACAAGUACGCCGGUUGUGAAACCUUAGUUGGUAAUCUAACCAUUACUGGUGACUUGGGUUCCGCUGCUUUAGCUAACGUGCAAGAAAUUCAAGGUUCUUUAUCUAUUAACAACGCUACUUUGUUGAAUUCCUUCUCUGCAGACUCUGUGCAAACCAUUACUGGUGCUCUAAACCUAGAAAAAUUGACUGUCUUAGAUAGCGCUUCUUUCGGUUCUUUGAAGGAAGUCGAUACCAUCAAUCUAUUGACUUUACCUGCCAUCUCCACUUUUGCCAGUAACUUACAAUCUGCUAACAACAUUAUCAUCUCCGAUACUUCUUUGGAAUCUGUCGAUGGGUUCUCUUCUUUGAAGACUGUUAGUGCAUUCAACAUUAACAACAACAGAUAUUUGACCUCCAUUAAGUCCACUUUACAAACCGUCUCUGACUCUUUACAAGUCUCUUUCAACGGUGACAACACUGCUGUUUCCUUCGACAAUCUAAUCUGGGCCAACAACAUUACUUUAAGAAGUGUCAGUAACGCUUCUUUCGCUUCUUUAGAAAACGUUAACGCUUCUUUCGGUUUCUUCAACAACUCUAUUGAAUCCCUAAAGAUGGUUAACUUGACUAAGGUUGGUCAAACUUUUACCGUUAACUCAAACAACGAUUUGACUACUUUACAAUGUACUAACUUGACUUCUGUUGGUGGUGGUUUCGUCAUUGCCAAUAACACCGCUUUGAAGUCUAUCAAUGGAUUCCCAAAGUUGAACACUGUCGGUGGUGCCGUUGUUGUUGUUGGUAACUUCUCUGAUUUGGAAUUACCAUCUUUGAAAUCUGUUAGAGGUGGUGCUGACUUCGAAUCUAAGUCUGGUAACUUCUCUUGUUCUCCAUUUGAAAAGUUGCAUUCAAACAAUGCCAUUCAAGGUGACAAGUUUGUUUGUAAGAAUGGUGCUACUUCCACUUCUAUCAAACUAUCUUCCACUUCUACCUCUUCAGGUUCUUCUAAGACUUCUUCCGGAUCUACUUCUGCAACUGCCACUUCAUCAGACUCCUCCUCCUCAUCCACUUCCUCUUCUUCCAAGUCUAAGGGUGCCGCUGUUGCCCAAUUCGCUCCAGCUUCUGGUUUCAUGGGUGCCGUUGCUGCCAUUGCCGUCGCCUUAUUGUAA